AUGCCAAAAAAACACAGCAAGUUCCCGUCCAUCAAACCCGCUAGUACUGUUCAUCCAUCGUUAGAAUCCUCAACCUCCAAGCGACAGUAUGGCAGCACCUCACGGUCAUCAGCGGUUGAGAACCAGUCGGUAAAUGACCUGAUUCAGCACCUUCGUCGGACCCAGGCCACUUCUCCUAACGAUGGCUCCUCGAAUACCUCUCGGACCGUAACGCAACGCACACUCCAUCCAUCUCUUAGGAACAUUCUUGAUGUUCCAGAGACUCCGCCACCACGACCUCGCUCAAAUGUGCGGCCCGUAGGCGGACGGUUCUUUCGUAGAACCCCCGGCCCUCCACCACCGUCUAGUUGGGUACAGACUCAGGCACCGGCAAACAAUACAUCCGGUGGGCAUCAAGGCGUCUCGGUUGGCUAUGAUCAAGUACUUUACCGCCUUGAGAGACUCCCCGGGGUGAAGUUUCCGCCAAAGGAUAGUUUGCAACAUGCUGUGAUGAAGUCGAUGGCGAUUAACUGGACAUGGCACUUGGAGUAUGACAAUGAGUUUCUCAUGGAAAUUCCGAGCCGUCUUAAGUUACUCUUGUUGAGCUAUAUUGCUACUCAGAUGUCGAGAUCUGAUUUAGCGUCCCCGGCAAAUACUCUCAACUGUCUUUUCGCCCCGCCAGAAGCGUCUGAUAGCGAAGUCGGAUAUGUAACUCGCUUGGAUUUGAGUGGCGCCGUUGGAAACUGGAUUAAUAUGAAGGUCUUGAGCAAGCAACUCUUGCUUCCUCGCAAAGAGAAAAGUGCGCCGAUUAUAGAGAGCGAAGACAAUGUUCCCGCAUCAUGGGAUGAUAGUGAGGAUUCAAUAGACGCCGAUGAAGCCGAGGCGCAUUCAUUAUCAUCGCCUCAUUCACGCCUAUUCAAAUCUCCAUCUCGAAUUCUCCGGUUCCCAAAUCUGAGGUACUUGUCGCUUGCUCACCCCAAGCGUACAGCAGCUAGUUGGGGUUCGCUUCUUAUUUUACUCUCUCACAUUUCUACGAUCACUCACCUGUCUCUCGCUCAUUGGCCACUUCCCACACUAACUCCAAACCUCAUCAAUGAGCGCGUUACGCAUCAAACUAUGAGAUCCAUAUCAUUUGCUGCCGGUGGAACAGAUACAUACAGUGUUGAUGAAAACAACUGGGUUGAAGCCGUCAAUAUCCUACGCAGGCUCUCUCGUGCGACAUAUUGUCUCAAAUGGCUGGACCUAGAAGGAUGCGGCGAAUGGUUUGGAGCUCUUAGUUGGGACGGACGUACGCUGCAUGAUGAUGAGCCAUUCCAGACGUUAUCGUCGGCAUGGAACGGAUCAUGGCGAGAUAUCGAGUGGAUUGGCCUCGGUCCUGGCUGGAUACCGUCGAAAACGGUAGAUGAGAGCGACUUGACUGCUUCGUUCAUUCCACUCGCAGUAUCCAGACACUCGCCAGCAUCUCAGCAGCAACCCGGACAAGUGAGAAAUCUAGACGACGACCUGACCUCCGUGCUUACGGAGGAAGACCUGCGGGGCGCCGCGAUUGCGCGCGAAAAGCAGCGUCGAGUCAAUGAAUGGAAAGCAUACGAAGAGACUCUACGAAAAGCUCGUCGAGUUGAGAAGCAUAUCCAUCGUGUCCGUCACGAAGCUGGAGGGAAAUGGAUACAUUUCUCCUUUGGCGGGGAGGGAGCUGAGGAACGAAAGGUCCUAGAGCAGGUAUUGGACAAAAUAGAUGCAUGA